CUAAACCAAAUCUUCAACCCAAAUAAGAAAUUAGGGCAAACUAACCAGGAAGAAUGGCAAAGUCUAUUAUCCUUCAAGCCGCCGCCCUUUGCUUCCUGUCCCUCUUCGGUUUUGCUUAUUGUGAAAGCCGCUUCUUUGUGGAGGGAAAAAUUUACUGCGACACUUGCCGUAUCCAAUUCGUAACAAAGCUCAGCACGUACAUGAAAGGUGCAAAGGUGGCCUUGGAGUGCAGGAACCGUGAAGGCGGUAGCUUAUUAUACAGCAGCGAGGCUGAGACUGACGAGUCGGGGACCUACCGCCUUCCAGUGGACGGAGAACAUGAGGAAGAUAUUUGCGAAGUGGCGCUGAAGAAGAGCAGUGACCCUAAAUGCAGUGAGGUGAGCAAGGAUCCUUUCCUCAAGAAAAGCGCAAGGGUUGCCCUUACAAAGAACAAUGGCAUUUCAUCGCCAAUACGCCUUGCCAAUCCUCUUGGCUUCCUGAGGGAGAAACCUCUUCCUGAGUGCACUGAGACCCUCAGGGAACUUGGAAUGACUGUCGACGAUAUUCUCCAAUAAAGAUGAUAAUUUCACAUAGGGACUCCCUUUAAUUUGUUAUUGAAUAAAUUGAGUUUUUUUUUCAUGUUCUUUUUCUUUCUUUUCUUUUCUUUUUCUUUUUCUUUUUUUUUUCUUUUCUUUU